UGUAGAGUCCGAACAUCGACCGCCUACCAAUCUUGAUUCGAUGAGGAGUGUUCGAUUGGUCGGUUGAGAGUAGCGUCGGUCUGUCGAGUUAGUAAUCGCUUUCAGGGUCGUCUUUGUUUAAUAGGCCUGAGUCAGAUGUCGAGCGGAUUGCGUCGGAGAUUGGUCGGUGUAUGGAGGUCAGUCUGUUUUAUCCCAAUAGUUGCCCCCCCACUCUCGAGUUCAAUGGUGAGUUGUCACGUGCGUAGCCAUGUGAUCAGUUGCUUUGGACGAGAGGAGUUGUUAUCUAUCAUAUCGAGUCUUGGUUCUGCCGCCAUAUUCUCUGAAAUACGGUCGAUCAUUCACUUUGUCAUCCUCAUACUGUCGCAUUAGCAAGGAGAUUUGGUGUCAGGUGUCAUUUGCGGAAGGUUAGUUGGCACCAGCUGUUACAUUGGGAAGGCGAACCGGCGUCGUAGGAUUUACUUCUGGCAUGUAGAUUUUUGCCAUGUGUCGAGGUACCAAUGGGUCAGAGAUGUUCACGCGGAUAGGGAUGACAUGGUUCAAUCUGGAGCAGGUGCGUCAAACCAUCUGAUCCAUGGUCGGCCCAGAUGUUACCACGUGUCGUCAUCCGAUAUAUCUUUGAUUCGAUUGCUUUCAUCUCGACCGUUGAUAGAUCUUAUAUUUAGGGUCGCUCUCAACCAAAUCUUUACUUUUUCCUGUCCUUGGUACUGGGACUCUGCCCCUACACCCAAGGUUAUUGCUCCAGCUCAGGUUAACUUUUCUUUCGAGUCCUUUUUCCUUGAAGUUCUUGUCUUCUUUAGAGUCAUUUUCAUGGCUAGGGUUUCUCCUUCUCGGAAAGAUCGGUCGGAGAAUCCGACUGAUGAGUCCCAAUCGAGUCCGAACGUGGAGGCUUCUUCACUUUCAGAACUGAAUGUUGAAUGACUCCGAGAGCAGUUUUGCAUCCCAGAGUAGUUUCAACUUUUCAUCCCCGGGAUCGAUGGUCGAGUGAAUAACCCACCAUCGGAUCAGAUGGCCUUCUAUAUCGAAGAUCUUCGAACGAAUCUUCAAUUUUCGAUUCUAGAAUUUAUCCGAAAUAUCUUGGAUUACUAUGGACUCUACCCGACUCAGCUGGCACCGAAUUCGGUCCGGCUGAUACUCAGCUUUGCCUUAUUAUGUCGGAUGUUGCCGACCGUCCCCCGCCCUUCUCUUUUUUGGAUUUUUUUCAUCCUCCAAUCUCACCCGAAGGCCCGAGGGUGGUGGUUUUUCAACCUCCGAAAAGAUCUUUCAUUCAUCAUCGGUCUUCCAUCGUCCAUUCAUGGAUGAAAGAACCAGUUUUUCUUCGCCUCUUCUUUUCUUCUCUGGGGUUUUUCUUCUCAUUGGGGCAACCCUCGAACUGGUCCUAAUGACAACAGCCAAGUGGAGGUUGACAACCAGGAGGACUUUCAUUGGUUGAGAAAUAUGUCGGUCCCGAAACAGAAAGAGCUUGUAACCGAACAGGCACUUUAUGACGUUGGCCUUAAUUCAGUUCCUCGCCUAGGUAUAGUACAGAAUAAUUGAUCGGUUAUUCUUGAUUUUCUUCCUAUUUGCUAACUUGCACUGACCUCCAUUGUAAUUGCAGCUAUGCAGUGAAGAGUACGUGUGUCGGAUGCUGACAUUCGUCAGCAUGCUGCCAAGAAGAGGACAGCAUCUAAGGUCGGGCCUUUGCGCCCGCCGAAGAGGCAUCAGGCACCAGUUCUGGCCGGCAUUUCAACGUUGGCUGUGAAACCCGACGUCCCACCAGUAUCGGGUUUCAAACCUAUCUUGGCGCUGUCGGCUCCGGCAAUGCUUCCUGUUGCACCGUUCGAGAAGAGGGUGGUAAGGGAGACCACUGAAGCAACAUCGGUGGUCCUGCCAUCCGAGGAGGUUCGGGUCGAGGUAGGAGAACCCAAGCAAUCUGCGGCUGCAUCGGUCACUCAUUUAGUCGGGGCAUAGUCGAGCUCGAGCUUCCCCUCGCUCUCGAACAUAGGGCCGCCGACAAGAGAUCGAGGGAAAGCUUUGGUGGCAUCGACGGAUGAAGUCGCCUCAGAGGGCCAUGCGGUGCACUUCGACCUCCAAGUGCCCGAGGGUGAAUCAGCUUUGGUCAAUUCUGUAUUGGUCAAGCGAUUGUGUCAGGCGACCCUUCUUCUGGUUAAUCGGGAGCAUCGGAGGAAACGGUCGGUGGUCGAGAUGUUCUCAUCCUUUUACCCGACAAUCAUCGGGUUGAUCCACGACAUGUCCGAUCUGGAGGCUGGCUAUACAAAGCUCGCCGACAUUCGGAGUGCGUGGAAGAAUAUGGUGGCGGCCGCUGAUGUCGAAAAGGCGGUCGUGCUUGAACAACUCAAGUCGGCAGCGGAGCGGGAAGCUAAACUUAAGGAGGAGGUUUUCCAACUUAUCGAUGCCUUUAUAUCCUCGGGGGCCGAACUUAAAUCGGCUCACGGGACUAUUUCGGCUCUUGAUGUGCAGGUCAAGAGCAAGAGGCAUUCUCUCCAUCGGCUUCGACGAGAGCGAGAUGGGUGCAUUGAAGAACUCAAAGCCGAACGUAGGCAUCAUCGGGCCAACCUGGAAAGGUUGGCACUAGCCGAAGAAGAAUUGUCAUCUGCUCAAGCCGAUACUGAUUUGGCAAAGGCAGAAGCAGAGUCGGCAAAAGAAGCACUGGAUCGGGCAGUCAAAGAUUUUUGAGGCUCAAAAGAGUUCAAAGAAGAGAUCCUCGAAGGCGGCUUCGCUUCGUACCGUGUCGGGUAUGAAGACGGCCGCAAUGCGGUCAGAAAGUUAUCCCUCCGAGAUUAGAAGAUGGUGCUGAUGAAGAAGAAGCCGCACCGACACAGGGUGAAGUACCGACCGGAUCUGAAAUCAUUCGAGUUGGCGAUGCUAAUCCCGAACAAAGGAAUGAUGAUGAAUCUUAGUCAAUGUAUCUAUAUUAUCUCUUUUUUUUAUAGCCUGAUACUUGUAGUCAGAUUUUGAUCCGAUUUUAUAUUUUCUUUUCUGAUAAUGAAUAAAAAUAUUUUUCUUCAAGAUA